UCAGCACACGGCGUUAUAGAAGUCUGUCAGUCUGUGGUGCAUUCUGGUCUUCUCCGUCCGCAGUCCUGUCUUGUCACUGCUGAAGACCCCCAUCUCCUCUCACUGCUCCCACUGACUGCAAACCGGCGACAUGGGGGCUCAGCUCAGUACGCUUGGAUCAGUCGUUACCUAUCCACUAUGGGUGAUUUUUGGAAUUUUCAAAAGAAUCUUUGGGAAAUCUGCUCCAGCCAUCACAUUGGAGAGUGCAGAUAUAAAAUACCCCCUAAGACUUAUUGACAGAGAGGUUGUUAGCCAUGACACCAGAAGAUUUCGGUUUGCUUUGCCAUCUCCUCAGCAUAUUCUUGGGCUGCCUAUUGGACAACAUAUCUAUCUGUCUGCCCGGAUUGAUGGCAAUCUAGUGGUCAGGCCUUAUACACCAGUGUCCAGUGAUGAUGAUAAAGGCUUUGUAGAUCUGGUUGUGAAGAUCUACUUUAAAGGGAUCCAUCCUAAGUUUCCUGAUGGUGGCAAGAUGUCUCAGUAUCUGGAAGGCCUAAAAAUAGGGGACACCAUAGAUUUCCGUGGUCCUAGUGGGCUUCUGGUCUACAAGGGAAGAGGUACUUUUGAAAUCCGUCCAGACAAGAAAUCUCAACCUGUUACAAAGAAAGUGAAGAAUUUAGGGAUGAUUGCGGGUGGAACAGGCAUAACCCCGAUGCUUCAGCUUAUUCGCGACAUCGUAAAAGAUAAAGAUGAUGAAACAACCUGUUAUUUGCUGUUUGCCAACCAGACUGAGAAAGACAUUCUGCUACGAGAUGAGCUAGAAGAAAUCCAGACGUCCAACUCCUCUCGCUUCAAGCUUUGGUACACGUUGGACAAAGCUCCUGAGGAAUGGAAUUACAGCCAAGGUUUUGUCAAUGAAGAUAUGAUCAAAUCCUCCCUCCCCCCUCCUGGUGACGAUGUCCUUGUUCUCAUGUGUGGGCCGCCGCCAAUGAUCCAGUACGCCAUCAACCCCAGCCUGGAUAACCUGGGUUAUGCCCAAGACCGGAGAUUUGCUUAUUAGAGCAAAAGUGCUUCUCCCUUUCUGUGUUUGUGAGAAAGCCAAAGCUAUUGGUUUACUGGGAGCAACAAGAAAGUCUUCUGAAAGCCUUUGGCAAAAGCUUGUGUUAACCUAGAGAUCCUUGUGUUAUUCUUUGUUCCAAAACAUAUUGACAUUUAGACACCCUCCUUUGGUCAUAUUAUAUUGUGUAAGUGGAAAGAUGAUGCAUUUACCUAAUGUGUAUAUACUCUGUUAUUGUACCAUCCUCACGGGCUUCAGCACCAUGAAGCAGUUAACAUUCUUUCAUUUGGAAAGAUAAAGCCUAGAUCUGUAAGAUUGUUCAUAACUGCUUGUUGGAUUUUGUGUCUGUCACAGGUUCUCAGGCAGCCGGCAGUAACUGUCUACUGGUACAUGUUAUACUUGGAGAUGUUAGAAAAGGACCAGCAAACACUAAUAUAUACAUCAAUCUGACAAUCUACAAAAAGAAGCAAUUGCACCAAAUUAACCAGGCAAAAUCCAUUCCAUAACAGGAUAAACACCUUGGUGAAUGUGACAUUUUUUGUUUGUUUUUUAAAUUCUAGUUUUGUCCCAGUUAUGUCACUCCUUUAAAAUAAGAAUGAAAAGAACAAAGUACAUAAACACAUUUAUAAUUUAAAUACGCUGAAGUGAAAUAUAUAUUAUAUUUAACGGAUGAUUUUUUUUUUCUUUUUUUACCCAGUUUGUUUCACAAAUGAAUUUGCUGAGCAUGUAAUUAUUAUGAAUAUUAAUGUACGAACCUGGCAGAGGGUUUUUUUUCUCCUUUAGAAAUGUCUCCAGUAUAUAAUGACCUGCUCGGUAUUUUAUAAUUUCUUUAUAAAACUAUAUAUGUAUCCAUUUGCACUAUAUCCUGUUUAAAACUUGCUCUGAUCUCUGCUGCUUUACAAUCUGUAGAGGAUUUUAUUUGAUCUCAGAAUACAAACGUAGGCGUUUGUUUAGCUCCUCGCUUUGCAGGUAAGGCCAAUGAAGUAAAAAAAAAAAAAAACUGACUAUUUCAGGCACUUCCUUGCAUAAAUCACUAUUCUUUAUCUUAACCUAUUUAAGCAAUUCCAAUCACAAACUUGACCAUUUACUCUUUCAUUAACACUACAUAAUACUUGUACCACCCUGUACGUAUAACAUCCUAUUACUCUGUUGUGGGGUCACAAUAUGUAUCUGUAGAGAGAUCGGAGGCCAUCCUUAUACUGAGUACGGUUGCUUGAUCAGAGUAUCAGGUAGGGCUUUCCUGACCACCUUAACUGAUCGGGUUCCUUGUAAAGUCACUUUUCUACACCAAUUACAUGUGCUAAGAAUGGAAAGUCAGGUUGUGACAAACUCUUAGUGUGUCAGAGGCUUGAUUUUUCUCUGGGAACAGCUGCCAUUGACUGCUGAAAUUAAUAAAAAAAAAAGGGGGUUUUUAUGUAUUUUCCGUUUUAGGUUACAGCAGUUCUCAGUAAAUAUAUAUCCGGCAGCUGGUUAAAUAAGGUUUAACUAUGCUCUGCACUGGAUGUGCAAUUUACUAUUUGUUACCAUCCAAAGUCAUCUUUCACUGACGGAAGAAAGUUCUCUCUUGCUUUUAUAAUACAAUUGACAACUCUCUAAUAAUUGAGUUUGUAUUUUAAAACAAUACCAUAACAUCAUUCAUUAGUAAUUAGCCCAACACAUCAGAUAAUGCACCUUUGGUUAGAACAGGUUAUCACAUAGAUAAUGUAAAUAACAUUCUCAUAGCAUUGGGAUUUUGUGAGUUUACAAUACCUUUAGCUUGCAUAUUCCAAGAUGGGGGGGAAAGCUUGACAUAUCUAUUGAUGUUCCAUUUAACAUAUUACUGCCCACUGUCUGGAUUGUCGUUAACCUUCUGUUUAAAUCUAUUAGAAUAAUCUGCUCUGUGACACAUCUUGCUAACAUCAGACGUGCAGAUUUGUCGUAUUUAAUGACAUUAAAGAGCCAGUAAACCUUUAUGUAGUAUGUGGCUGACAGCUACAAAUGUCUUGUAUAGAUACAGAGUAUCACACCUUUUUAAAUCCGCUGCAAGUAAAGCUUCAGCAGCCGUUCCCAGGCUGAGACAGGUUUUUGCUAUAUUGCACGUGUCGGUACCUGUAUGUACAGCUUUAUGAAGCAGAUACACACGUGCACUCUCGUCCCUUAACCCAACAAACUAAGGUAAUUUGGAUCACGCUGGAUAACGGGUUAAGGGAUGCAAGUCCACAAGCACGGCUUGUUUGUUUUAGGGAAGCUGUGCAGAACGGUCAUGAAAGAACUUUAGAAAGCGAAUACCACAAACGGUAGCUUUAUAAUUGGCUGUACCACUGUCUGUUAAAGGGACAGUCAACACCAGAAUGUUGUUUAAAAAGAUAGAUAAUCCCUUUAUUACCUAUUCCCCAGCUUUGCAAAACCAACACUGUUAUAUUAAUACACUUUUUACCUCUGUUAUUACCUUGUAUCUAAGCAUCUUCUGACCACCCCUAAUCACAUGACUUUUAGUUAUUAUCUAUCGACUUGCAUUUUAGCCAAUUAGUGCAGUGUCUGCCACUAGCGUGAUCACAAUGCUAUCUAUACGGCCUACAUGAGCUUGCUCUCCCCUGCUGUGAAAAGUAAAUAAAAUAGAGGCGGCCUUCAAGGGCUUAGAAAUUAUCAUAUGAGCCUUCCUAGGUUUGCUUUCAACUAGAAUACCAAGAGAACAAAGCAAAAUUGUUGAUAAAAGUAAAUUGGAAAGAUGUUUAAAAUUACAUGCCCUAUUUGAAAAAUGAAAGGUUUUUUUUUUUUUUUUUUUUUUUUUGGGAUUGACUGUCCCUUUAAGUAAAAAAAGAACCAGUUGCAUCUUGGCAGCUACAAAUGUCCUUUAUAGACAUAGAUUAGCUGUAAGCCACACUCUACUAAAAGCCCCAAAAAAAUUCCCUUAAAUAGUAAAAAUCAUUAAAGGGACACUGAACCCAAAUUGAUUCUUUCGUGCUUCAGAUAGAGCAUACCAUUUUAAGCAACUUUCUAAUUUACUAAUAUUAUAAAUUUUUCUUUGUUCUCUUGCUAAGGAGCCAGACAAUUUUAUGUUUAGAACCCUGGACAGCACUUGUUUAUUGGUGGGUGAAUUUAUUCACCAAUUGGCAAGAACAACCCAGGUUGUUCACCAAAAAUGGGCCGACAUCUAAAUUUACAUUCUUGCUUUUCAAAUAAAGAUAUGAAGAAAAUUUGAUAAUAGGAGUAAAUUAUAAAAUUGCUGCUCUAACUGAAUCACGAAAGAAAAAAAUUGGGUUCAGUGUCCAUUUAAGCAAAUCCAUGUGGACAGUUACUCUAUUCCCAGUUUGUGCAGACCACUUGGCCUUCUAAUCAGUUGUCACUGUGCUAGAACUACACAUCUGGGAAGGCAUGUGAAUCAUUUGUGAUGAUCCGAAUGUGGGAGAAGGUAUCUGCUAGAGGCCUUAGGCUCUCUUUCCGAGCCCGAUUCCUUUUUGAGACCUGGAUUUGCACAAAUGUUAAGGUGUUGCACUUUCACAAGAAGUAAUCUGGCUCUAAAAAGAGCUGAAGGCCACAAGAGGCCGCCUCCUUCUGCAUUCGGAUUAUGGUUAAAGAUCUGAAUGCACAUGCCUACAGGGAAGUACAAUCCUAAACUUCUUCUUUGUAACCCGUUGUGGUUUUAUUUAUUUUUUCCUGUUCUGAUAUGAGCAUGCUAUCCUAAAAUCUUUACUCAUGUAAACUGAGCAAGUAUAGGACAACUACACACGGUUAUGUUAACCUAAAGAAAAGUUUACAUUUUAAGUUACUAUAUGAAUAUGAGCAGUAUUACUUCUGUCUCUACAAGGAGUCGUUGCAUGUCUUGCAAUACAUCUCCUUUUUGUUUUAUGAUACCUUGUUAGUUAUCGUAAGUGAGCUCCGGGGCAUGCACGUGUCGUUAGCCAUCUGGCUGCAAUGUUGGCAACAAUGUUAUACAUAGUUGCAGAGACUUGCCAUAGAGUACUAAAGACGCAUGCACACUCCAGCCUACCUAGCUUUACUCAUCAACAAAGGAUGAGCACAUCUGAUAAUGGUGGCAAAUUAGACAUUUUGUUUAAAAUGCCAGCUCCAUCUAAAUCAUAAAGGUUAGACGUGCAUUCCGUAGUUUUGUUCAGUGCUGAAUGCAGAAGAAGGUGGCUGCUUGUGGCAUUCGGCUAUUUUUCAGAGCUGGAUUUCUUCCUGUAAAAGUGCAAUAUACUAAGAUCUGGAUUUGCACUGAUCUUAGUGAGUUGCACUUUCACAGGAAGAAAUCCAGGUGCACAUGACUUGGUAAAGUCAAAAGCAAACCUUUUAUGUCCUUUUUAAGGGAAAGUAGCCUUUUAUGGAAAAACAUGAUCAUUGUAUCAUCGGGGUAGAUCUCCGUAGAGCACUUAUAAACAGUAUACUUCGUUAUGUGAAUGUAUCUUUUUAAUUAAUGGUAGCCAUUGGAAGAAUAGCCGUGCAAGACUGGGGUACAAAGUCUUGUGGUUCUCUGUGAGCAUUUAGACAUUUUAUCUGUGCCUUAGAUAAGUUCACUAUGCUGCCUGAGUAAGAAUUAUAUAUAUUUUACCAUAGACGUAAUAAGUAGCCAUGUACAGAACAGUAUCACAGUAUUAUAUGGACACUUGUAACUAUUACCUAGUAAUUAUCACAAUAUGUCAGUGGCACUUACUGUGUUAGAACAUUUUAAUCCUAUGGCUUGCUCUGUCACUCAAUGACUAGAUAGUUUUGUAAGAAGUUUGCACCUUUUUGGCACUUCUGUGGGUGAGGUAAAUAUUAUCUAAGAUGUUUUCUGUGUGUAGUUUGAAAUAAAUGCAUGAUCUAGUAGGUGUAUUUUAAAGACAAAAUAAAGAACGAUACGUUGGGUGGCUACACAUACAUCUAUAGACAACUAAGUACAAGAUGGAAGCAUUAUUAAAUACUAGAACAAAUGGCCACACAUUAAGUUUAGCAGGUGAUAGAUUUCAAAUUAAUAUGAGAAAAUGGCACUUAAAGGACAGUAUGAUAUGGAUGAAAUCUAGUGGAAAUGGUGAGCAUUAGCCCAGGAUGCGAUUCUAAGUUUCAUUUGCAUACAUGAAGGACAGUUCUGAAUAGAGUAGACCUCAAACAAAUGUGGGAAGGUGGACCAAAAGAUUCUAAGAUUCCAUCAAUUUCUAUGUUCUUGAUACACGUGGACUUGUGUGGCUGAGAAGGAAUAUUUGACUUGCCUUGGCAGUAUAUAGCUAAUUAUUAUUACUUUAUUUUUUUUAUUCCCUCUCUUAAAAAAAAUAAAAAAAAAAUAAUCUUGCAAGUGUCAUAUCUAAUAGUCAAUCUUUUCCAAGACCAUCAAUAUACACACAAGAUCUUGGUUAGCAUUUGUCUAAAGCUUUCAAUUCCAUAGCCAUGAGAUUUGUUUUAAUAUUUCAAUCUUUUUAUCUUGUGUUUCAUUUUGUGCUAGAAAUUCGCUCAUCCAGCUAUGUUUGGUAUUGUGUUAUUUCUCUUUGGAAAGCACUACAUAUUAGUAAAUGUUAAAAUGCGUUGAUCUUUGUUGUCCAUAUAGAUUUUACCUAACCUCUAUUAGAAGGCUUGUUUGUAAACUCCUCCGCUCUCAAAAGAUUAGUUAUGUGACAACAAAGUCUACGUUUUCAAUUGAAGUGCCUUUGUAUAAUUCGGUGCAUGAAGUAUUUCCUCUUAUGUGCUUCACAAAAGAGUUGUCUGGUCAGAUUACAUUUGUAACAUUUACCAAAGAGUAACUAAUAAAGAUGUAUUUGCUUUUA